UAUGUUCAAUUGUUCAUUUUUGUUUAAUUUUAGCUAGUAAUUUGAUGGCGUGUCGUUAUGAUUGAAUAGGGCGCGCAAGCUUGAUACUGCGGCUCUGCCUCUGGCUUCAUAGACGAUUCCUUUCUGCGCAUGCCCUGGCUCCAAACUGUUGUUUUUAGGUAACAUGGCAGCGCCCAUGGCCAAACAUUUUUGGCUUUAAUUCAUUUCAAUGGAAAGAGGCGAUGUCGCAUCGUCCAUUUUUUUACAGUUACGAUACAGCUUCAUCCGAGUACUUUGAGUUAUCUUGAUCGUGAUUGAUGCAGUUUAAAAAUACAUUUUAUAUGAACAUGUAUAAUUAAUAAUGUAAGAUGUUAUUUACAAAUGAGCAAACUUAAUGUCUGUUUGUCUUGUUUAAACUUUAAACUUGUUUAAAUUCGUCUAAUGCUGUGUACACACCAAACACGAAGCAUCGCAUUCCUUGCUCUAGAUUAAUUGCAGCAUAUCAUCUUGUCAUGCAAAUUUUUUGCUCGAGUUGAAUAUUUUCAACUUGUGCGAAGACAUAGUUGAGGCGAUUAGCGUAUUUUUGCAGCAAUCGCGGCGCCAAUUCACGUCAUUCGCAUUGCCCUAGUUCACGUCUAUUCGCAUCUUUGCAUUGACUUUGUGUGUAAUCUACUCGCACAAAUCGUAGAAUUCUCUUAAAAAUGUCCUCGCGGAUGGUUUGGCACUUCUUACUAAUAUGAUACACUGUCGGGACUUAUUUUGUAAAAAAAACAACCGGAUGGCUGUACGUAUAGUCUUUGGAAAAAUACACUAAGUAUGGGGGAGAUGUGGAGAUGGUGCUACAAUUGCUGUACCUAUAGCGUAUCUGAAGAGAAGAGGAACGCCAUCGCUAAAGACAAUGAAAUUAAUCGCAUCCUGCAAGAGCAGAAGAAUCGAGAACGCAGAGAGAUCAAAGUGCUUUUAUUAGGCACUGGAGAUAGUGGGAAGACGACUUUUAUUAAACAAAUGAAGAUAAUUCACGGAAAUGGUUUUUCAGAGGAAGAAAGACGAUUUUAUGCUAAACUGGUCCACCAGAAUAUCUUUACAGCUAUGAAGGCAUUGACAGGGGCUAUGACCACACUGAAGAUUCCCUAUGCCAACCCACAAAAUGAGGUGUACAGCCAACAGUUUCACGAAGUAGAAAUAAAUGGCAUGACAGUUUUGAAAAAAACAUAUUUUGAAGAUGUUCGUCGACUUUGGAAUGACACGGGUAUCAAAUUGUGUUAUGGUCGCCGUACAGAGUACAAUCUACUAGAUUCAACAGAAUACUUUAUGAAAAAUUUAGACCGUAUCGCAUCUGCAGACUACAUCCCCACAGACCAGGAUGUGCUCAGAGUCCGGUUCCCCACCAAAUCCAUCAAUGAAUAUUCUUUUAAUUUGGAGAAGCUCACCAUCAGGAUUGUUGAUGUCGGGGGUCAAAAGUCAGAAAGGAGAAAAUGGAUCCAUUGCUUUGAAUAUAUGACAUCACUUAUAUUUUUAGCUUCUCUCAGCGAGUAUGACCAAGUGCUGGAGGAGAAUAACAAAGAGAACCGCAUAAAGGAGAGCUUGUCGCUGUUUUACAAUAUCAUCCACAUGCCAUGGUUCGCCAAGGCCUCCAUCAUCCUUUUCCUGAACAAGAAGGACAUCUUUGAGGAAAAGAUCCAGAUAUCAGACUUACAAACAUAUUUCCCUGAUUUUCAAGGCAAACGUUGCGACUCGAAAGAAGCCAUGGAGUUCAUCUUGAAGACUUAUCUACAGAAGGCCAUCAAUGUCCAGACCAAAGACUGUAAAGACAUCUAUCAUCACUUCACCUGUGCAACGGACACGAAUAACAUCCGAAACAUUUUUAAAGAUGUGAAAGAGGCUUUACUUAUUGCAGCUCUGAACCAGCAUGAACUAAUCUAAAAUCACCAAUGAAGCACCGAUCCUUUCAGGAUGAAGGCCACCAAGUGCAGGUCUUGCUUUGGCCCGAACGUGAUAGUAAACAACUCACACUGCAAAUGCACGAGUGGCAAGAGCAGCGCUGAAGCAGCAGUUCCAAGUUUGUUUCGCCGUUGGAUCUAUUGUUGAAGCAUUUUCAACAAAAAAUUGAAAAUUGAUUGAUGUGAUAAAACAACAAUGUUGUUGAUAUCCAUGGUAAAAAACAGGAAACCGAACAGCAGGAAAAUAUGAGGAGAACAUGACAAUACUGAACUAUACUUUGAAAAUAAAAGCAUAAGACAGUGGAUCAUGACACUUUCAGCCUGCAUUGCUAAAAUAUCUAUGAAUCUUUGAGAGUCGUGUCUAUUAAAGCCUAAAAAUGUACACUUUUGUCUUGCUGAAAAAAAAACAAUGAUUUGUUUAUGUUAACUGUUUAAAUUGAUUUAAUGUUGUAAGUGGUUCAAUGGCUUAAAACUGUUUAGAUGGCCAGAAUAUAGUAUAAAACAUUUAAACUGUGGCUGGCCACAUAUGGUACAGGGGUAUUAGCAUAUUAAACAUGAAAGAACUGGCAUCAAAUCACAGACAGGAACAGAUUUACUAACAACAUGUGCCAGCGCAAACGUCUCUUGUCGUCAAAAACUAAAAGGUUAAAGACACACAGUAAAAAAUUAGCAGUGAGAAGACACGGACAGUUGUUUUUGCAUUUGACCUUAUUUUAUAUGCACUCAUUCAGGCGCAAAAUUUAUAGAAGGAAAUUUCAAAUAUAUUAUGCAACGCAAUUUACUAAGGUUUGCGCUCCUCAGUCCACUGGUAUUUGUUUGCAUGUUUUAAACCUUGAAAAGCAUGCCUUAAACCCCACACUAAUUUGAACUGCUCUUGGUAGAUUGCGUCGGUCGUUAUGGAAAUGAGAUUUCCCAGAAAUUUCCACUCCCAUCUGCACUUUUUGAAAUUGCGCUCUCACGCUAAUUUUGCCCUGUUUAGUAAAUCUGGCCCUUAGUGUACAAAGAAAAGUUAGAAAUUGACAAUGCUUUUUUCAUGGCAAAAUUGUACAUAUUUUAUGAGAUGGCUAAUUCCCACGCUCAUACAUUUUUGUACGAUUUGCUUUUGCCCCUGUGAUGUUCGGGUUAGGGGUGGGGUUUCGUUAUUUUUUAUGAUAAUUCUACCGUAUGUUUUUGUAUGACUCACUUUGUGCGAAUUCAUACGAAUUAGCCAACUCGUAAAAUAUGUACCAAUUCUUGUGAAAUCAGGCUUUAUUAAUAUAGGAAAGAAACCUGUAUUGUAAGAAUGCAGAAAUGACUACGGAUAUGUUAAGUACAUGACUGCGCAAUUUAUAUUUAGGGGCUGUGCACACCAAAGCUUUUACACCAGCGGAUGUUUUCAAUUGUUUCCAAUGAAAGCGCAGCAUUUUUCUAAAAGCCAGCAGCUGUUGUUGUUUUUUUGCGGUGAAAGUCGGCACUCUGUGGUUUUUCCGAGCUCAGCGCUGAGAGCUGAGAGUUGAAAAAUAUUCAACUUUGGUUGAAAAGCUUGUCAAUGUCAAUUCUCAGAUGGCCGUCCAAUCACAGUAGGGGGGGAUGACAAAUAUCAAGUGUUGGUUAUCCCUUGCUAAAAUGGCUAUAAAUGACUCUGAUAAACUUUCUGCCUGGCCAAAAAUUGUCGAUUCUGAACUCUUUGCCCUGUCCAAGAUGGCUGACAUCGAACUCUCUGCCCUGUCUAAAAUGGCGGACAUUGAACUCUCUGCCUGGUCCAAGAUGGCUGUCUCUGCCAUGAAAGCUGAUGUAAACAUAAACAUUUCUCAGAUUUAUUACUUUUGUUGACUACAAAUGCAAGUUGAUGUCAUACUGGGAACGCUUGGUAAAGAUAAUUUACAAACAUGAGACCGGAUGGACUUAUGACUUUCACACAAUUUUUAAACAAAGGUAUGUUUUGAUGUUUCAUGUUCAUUCUAUACGCACUGUCGACCAUGAUGAAGUUUAAUGAUUCAUUGCCAUGCCCACCAUGGUCCUGCGAUGUUAGAUCAGAAAUGUCUUGUCUGCAAGUGUUAAUUUUUACAAAAUAGAGUAACGCU